CUGUAAACAAGUUGACACAGGAAGUAUCAAAGAAACCAAAACAAGUGACGUAGUUGCAUACGUCAGAAGUCAUUGCCCAAGGUGAUCUGAUCCCACCAACCUUACGUGUGGACAGUGGAGUUUUACACGUUAUAACAACAAAUAGGAUCAUGCGAAGUCUCUUUAGGCCAUCAGUGAUGGUUUCAAAUUCAAAGAGUUUCUCAUUAACUUCUCUUUUACAAAGAGACUUUCAAUCAAAAUUUGAUACUAUCUACCACAUGUUUAAUUCUCAGUGACUAGUCUAAAAUUGAGCAUAAUAAACUACUUUAAAAUAUCAAUUUAAUAUUGUUUAAUGACUAUUUAAGAGACUGAUGAUGAUCAUGAUGCUGUUACAACCAUAAGAUUUUCAGAAUCUUUAAUUUCUCUAAUACAUUUUCUCAAAUUUCUCAUUUUUGUCAACCAAAGCCAAACAAAAAUGAGUAGGAAUCCUCACCAUAAGCUCCAUGUUAUGUUCUUCCCAUACAUGGCUUAUGGCCACAUGAUACCAACUCUAGACAUGGCUAAGCUUUUCUCCAGCAAAGGAGUCAAAUCCACAAUCAUCACCACUCCUCUCAACUCCAAGAUCUUCCAAAAACCCAUAGACGUAUUCAAGAACCAGAACCCUAGUCUUGAAAUCGACAUCCACAUAUUCGAAUUCCCUUGCGUGCAGCUGGGGUUACCAGAAGGAUGCGAGAACGUUGAUUUCUUCACCUCAAGCAACAACCCUGGUAGAGAGAACAUAGCUUUCAAGUUCUUAUCGUCGACAAGGUUUUUCAAAGACCAGCUUGAGAAACUCCUCGAGACAACGAGACCGGACUGUCUUAUCGCCGACAUGUUCUUCCCAUGGUCCACCCAAGUUGCUGAGAAGUGUCACGUGCCAAGACUUGUGUUCCACGGUACUGGCUACUUCUCUUUGUGCGCUAAUUAUUGCAUGAAAGUGCAUAAACCACAGAACAAAGUAGCUUCGAGUAGCGAGCCUUUUGUAAUCCCUGACCUCCCCGGUGACAUAGAGAUAACUCGAGAACAGAUCAUAAACAGCGAGUCCGAGAUGGCAAAGUUUCUUUUGGACGUGAGAGAGUCAGAAACAAAGAGCACCGGUGUUAUAGUGAACAGCUUCUACGAGCUUGAACCUGAAUACGCUGAUUUUUUCAAGAGAUUUGUAGCUAAGAGAGCGUGGCAAAUCGGCCCGCUCUCUGUUACAAACAGAGGGUUUGAGGAGAAGGCUGAGAGAGGAAAGAAAGCGAGCGUUGAUGAAUCUGAAUGCAUUAAAUGGCUUGACUCCAAGGAAAAAGAUUCAGUCAUUUACAUUUCAUUUGGGAGCGUUGCUUGCUUCAAGAACAAGCAACUGGUAGAGAUCGCUGCAGGGUUAGAAGCUUCCGGCGCAAGUUUCAUCUGGGUUGUGAGGAAAAGCACAGGCGACGACGACAAAGAAGAAUGGUUACCAGAAGGGUUUGAAGAGAGGGUCAAAGGGAGAGGGAUGAUAAUAAGAGGAUGGGCUCCACAGGUGCUGAUACUUGAGCACCAAGCAACCGGUGGGUUCGUGACUCAUUGUGGCUGGAACUCGCUUCUUGAAGGAGUGGCUGCAGGGCUACCGAUGGUGACAUGGCCUAUUGGGGCGGAGCAGUUCUAUAACGAGAAACUGGUUACACAAGUACUGAGAACGGGAGUGAGCGUUGGAGCCACAAAGCAUGUGAAGAAUAUGGGAGAUGAGAUCAUUAGCAGAGAGAAAGUAGAGAAGGCUGUGAGAGAGGUGUUGGCUUGGGAAGAGGGGGAGGAGAGGAGGAUACGGAUUAAGAAACUGUCGGAGAUGGCUAAAGCUGCUGUGGCAGAAGGAGGGUCUUCUUUUAACGAUCUAAACAACUUCAUACAUGAGUUCAGUUCGUGAUCCCUAGAGUUCUGGUCAAAAAUCUCAUUUAGAAAAUAAGAUUAAACCUAACGUAGUAUACAAGGAAUAAAAGUUAAUCCAUGCAUUGUCAGUAUAUCAUCGGUAUUUUAAUCCGUUUUGGUUUUUGUAGAUUCAAAGGAUUUUUCAUUCCCAGUAUGAAUUUGAAUUUGUAUCCAAAUGCUUUUUUUAUAUCUCUAAGAAAUUUUAAGAUUUAGUAUU